CAUUGUUGCGUUCGCUGCACUGGGUUUUAUGUUGCGGCCGGGUUGCACGUCUUUAUCGCGUGUCAAAAAUUGGCUACCUGUUUAGCACAUAUGGGUCGCAUUAGACACGGCUUGACAGGCUGUUUCUUUUUUAACAGGAGACGUGUACUUUCCCCAAACGUAUUUCAGUGUACAGUGAUUAUUUUCUUUGCACAGUGAUUCUCUAAUUCCAUUCUUUUGCUGAGUUUUGGGAUCAAGGGAAGACGUCCAAGUGUCAAAGUGAGGCAUCAGCACAUCAUCAAGAAGGACCACACCAAGGAACAGUUCCAAUAUGAACCGGGCAUUCAACAGGAAAAAAGAUAAAUCAUGGAUGCACACUCCGGAGGCUCUGGCCAAGCAUUACAUCCCCUACAAUGCCAAGUUUCUGGGAAACACCGAGGUUGAGGCGCCCAAAGGCACUGAAGUUGUGAAGGAUGCGGUGAGAAAGCUGAAGUUUCAAAGGCACAUCAAGAAGUCAGAGGGACAGAAGAUUCCCAAAGUGGAAUUACAGAUCUCCAUUUAUGGAGUGAAGAUACUCGACCCAAAAACAAAAGACGUGCAGUAUAACUGCCAGUUGCACAGGAUAUCCUUCUGUGCGGACGACAAGACGGACAAAAGGAUAUUCACGUUCAUCUGCAAGGACUCUGAGUCCAACAAGCACUUGUGCUAUGUGUUUGACAGCGAGAAAUGUGCAGAAGAGAUAACUCUCACCAUCGGCCAGGCCUUCGACCUGGCCUACAAGAAGUUCCUGGAGUCUGGCGGAAAAGACGUGGAAACACGGAAACAGAUCGGAACCCUCCAGAAGAGGAUUCAAGAGCUGGAAUCUGAGAACUCUGAGCUGAAGAAACAACUGCUAGACCUUGAGGACCAGCUGAUGAUCGCUCACGUACCUCCACUGCUGCACAUUAACUCCUCUAACGAGGCCUAUAUGCUCCAGAGACCCUCCUCUCUCUUCUGGUGUCAAAACUUCCAGUCGCUUUCCUGCCUGGAGAUCUCCUCCAUCACGCUCACCCCCAUGAGCUCGCCCGAGUCCAACUUCUCCACGGGUCUACUAACUCCUCCCCCCUCCAAACCCGCCCUGCCGCCUGCUAAGAGCAGCGAGGGCUUCAGCAUCCCGCGACCUCGCGCAGGAAGUGGCUCCAUGAAGCCCCUGUCGACGGAUGUCUUCGACAUGGUUCCCUUCUCCCCCGUGACGCCUCUGGUCCCCCUGCCGCCCAGCAACGGAUGCCCGCCCCCACCCCCUGCAACACUACCACCGGAUUAUAGGAAGGACCUGUUUGGCGCGGAGCCUUUCGAUCCCUUUACCUGCGGCUCUGCUGAUUUCCCCCCGGAUAUUCAGUCCAAGCUGGACGAGAUGCAGGAGGGGUUCAAAAUGGGACUAACACUAGAGGGCGCUGUGUUUUCUCUGGACCCACUGGAUAGCCGUUGCUGAUGAAGCCACAAAGGAAGAUACUUGUCGUUAUUCCCAUCAUUUUAAACUCAUUUGUACGAAGAAGAAGAAGACGAAGAAGUGCCAAAUCCUUUCAACACCGUCCAGUCAAGAUGUCACACUUUUUCCGUCUUGGAGUUUCUAUGUAUUUGCAUUACUAGAUUUGGGUUUUUCCGAUAUUUCAAGGAAGUUUCCGAUAUGUUAUAGAAAUAUUUUUGUAAAGAAACGCUUGUGGGAUGAGAAGGUUUGAGGACCCCUUGCGUACCCACAGACGAUGCAGGUUGUAAAUAAAGAGUAUAUCUCAUUUUAAUAUGGUACAAGUUCUGUGUAGACUCUCCCAUUGGAUAUAAAUGUGCAGCAGCGUUUUUGGUUUUGCAUUGACACGUUCCUGUUUGUAUGCCCGAGACAUUCAUUUAAGACAAGUAAAUGUAGUCGUCUCUGUGACAUGUAUAAUGCCAAAUGUUCCGCUUGUCAUUGUUUAUACACGACUUGCACCUUUUGUUUUUGUACUUUUUACACCAGUUGUACUUCAAUGUAACACGCUUAAUUCUUGUCAAUUUAUCAUUUGUAUCAUUUCACUUAGUUUCAAUCAGUAGUAAAAAAUAAUGUUUUUAAUGUUUUUUAUGUUUUGAUGUCCUUUUAACCCACUACAUUGCCAUUCCAGUAUUUUAUUUCAUGGUUAAUCAUUAACUCACUAACUUUGUUGUUAGCAUCAUCUCUUGCACCGGAAAGCACUUUUAAAUACCUUUGUCCAUAUAGUAGCAUACUAUUGACAUUAUUUUACAUUUUAUGCAGAAUGACUUUGUCGUUACGAUUAUUAAAGAAAGUCUUACCAGAUUA